AUGCCACGGGUGAUUCAAAUCCUCGUCUCAAAAACAGCAAAACCAGAUAUCCCAGCCCACUGGUCCCUCUACAUUCCAUACGCACCUUCACCACCAAGACCGGAAGGAACAGGGAAACUGAUCCAUGUUGUCGGAUCGCCCUUGCAUGGUUAUGUGCUAGAAUUCAAAGCACCAUAUGUCCCAUCUGAAGAUUCUAUCAAACGGGUUCCGUUCCCGCUUUGUUCUGCUGAUGACGAGUAUGUCAAGGAUAUAGAUGGUUAUGCACUUUCCAACGGAAGUCAUAAGACAGUGGUGGUGGGAACGGAGGUAGAACGAUACGAGGACGAAUUCGAGAGGUUAGCAAGUAAGGUUGAAGCACCUGGAAGGUUAAAAGGCUGGAACCCGCUGGUUCCUGCGAACGUCAGGGACAAGAAUUGUCAGUGGUGGAUGAGGGAAUAUAUCGAUGUAUUGGUAAAAGAGGGUAUUUUCACAGAGGGCGUGUAUGUUAGCCUGGAGAAAAUACCUGAGACGCGGGGCCAAUUUGAAGAGGACAGCUGA